AUGCCUAGUAUCUUCGAACCGGCCCCAGAGCCCAAAACCGAGCUCGGCAGGUACCGCGUCCUGUCUACCACCGCCGGCGUCAGAGUAUCUCCGCUCUGUCUCGGCGCGAUGUCCAUCGGCUCCGCGUGGUCUUCGUUCAUGGGCUCCAUGGAAGAAGCUCAGUCCUACGAGCUGCUCGACGCCUUUUAUGACGCCGGCGGCAACUUCAUCGACACGGCCAACAACUAUCAAGACGAGCAGUCGGAACAGAUCCUGGGAGAGUGGAUGGCCACCAGGAAAAACCGGGACGUCAUGUUCAUCGCGACCAAAUUCACGACGCAGUACCGCCAGCAUGCGCUUGGGCCGGGCAAGUGUGUCAACUACUCCGGCAACCACAAGAAGUCGCUGCACCUCUCGGUCCGGGACUCGCUCAAGAAGCUGCAGACGGACUACAUCGACCUGCUCUACGUCCAUUGGUGGGACUGGACCACCUCCAUCGAGGAACUCAUGGACUCCCUCCACAUCCUUGUCGAGCAGGGUAAGGUUCUGUACCUGGGCGCUUCUGACACACCCGCUUGGGUCGUAUCCGCUGCGAACACCUACGCCAAGGCGCACGGGAAGACGCCCUUCUCCGUCUACCAGGGUCGGUGGAGUGUUUUGGUCCGCGAUCUCGAGCGGGACAUCAUUCCCAUGGCCCGACACUUUGGCAUGGCUCUGUGUCCAUGGGACGUCCUUGGAGGCGGCAAGCUGCAGUCCAAGAAGCAGAUUGAGGAACGCCGCAAGGCUGGCGAAGGCCUCCGAUCCCUGUUCGGCUCGGAACAGUCUGACGACGAGCGCAAGGCCAGCGAGGUCCUCGAGCAGAUUGCCACGGAGCAUGGGACCGAAAGCAUUCAGCAGAUUGCCCUGGCAUACGUGAUGCAGAAGGCUCGUUACGUGUUCCCCAUGGUCGGCGGCCGCAAGGUCGAACACCUGGAGGACAACAUCAAGGCACUGAGCAUCCGCCUCACGAAGGAGCAGAUUCAGAAGAUUGAAAGCUACAAGACCUUCGACAUUGGCUUCCCCAUGAACUUCAUCUUGGACGACCCAAGGGAGGGCGGUCCAACAGCACCUCUGGUGGCUGCGUCGGCCCCGAUGGCAUGGCAGCUCCAAGGCAAGCCUAUUGGACAAGAGUAG